CAAUGACGAGUCAUGUGACAGUGAAAUACUAGAAGCUGUUGUCUCUGCUUGUUUCGUUACACUGCUCUGAUUCCUCACACUGGACUCUUUAGGGGAGACGACGUUUGUCCAAAAUGCACUCACUGGUUAUAAUUACAGUCCUACUGGCUUUUGCUGCUGGCAGUCCGUGUAAUAAUGAAGAAUCCAACAAUGAGCUGCUCCUGUCACUCAAUAAGAAUCUUCUUCGCUCACUGGAGACGCAGGAAGGACUUCCUAACCCCAGUAUCCACCUAGCAUUACGGCUCUCUGACCACCACAACCUAGCCAAGGAGAGUGAACACCUGAAUCAGAUGAAAAAUCAUUUGCACAAUGACAUUCAAAAUUCUCUAUCUAACAGUAGGUCUGUUGUUGGCAUCUUGGCAUUAUACACAUUGGCUUUAAAGUCCUCUUGCUAUGAUCUCAACACCGUCACCUUCACUGUCGGAGCAAAAACUGAAACACUGCUGACACACCUAAAGAAGCAGAUGGAGCAAGAAAAAGAACACCUUGCAACCAGCCACCGCCCUUUGACCAACUACUACCAGUACUCUCUGGGUGUGCUCGGUCUGUGUGUGAGCGGAAUUAGAGUCAAUCAUCAUGUCACCAACAAGCUCAUCAGGGCAGUUGAACUCGAACACUUUACACAUGGAGAUGUUCAGAGUAUUGAUACCUAUGCAAUGGCAGGGAUGGCACUUCAGUGUGUGAAGGGCUCUGGUUCUCAUGUGCAAAAUGCAGCAGAGCUUGACACAGCUCUUACCAAGAUACAGCAGACCCUUUUAGGGGCUCGUAGAGAUGAUGGUCAUAUAGGCAAUGAGUUCAGCACUGGACUUGCGGUUCAAGCCUUGUUAGCAAUGGGCAGCCACAUUUCAGAGUGUUCCUCCUCCAUGGAAGCCAUGAGGACAGAUGCCAGGAGCAAUGUAUACCAUAAUCCCAUGGCCAUAUCUCAGAUCCUUCCAGCUCUCCAACAGAAGUCUUACUUGACUGUUAAAAGCAAGCAGUGCCUCAAUGAGGACAACACUCUAGUGCUGGAGCCCACAGAGCCUGUAGUGGUUUUACCAAGUGGAACCAAAGUGGUUGUGACAGUGGAAGUGGUGACAUCCAGUGGAGCAGCUUCUCUGUACUCUGUUGAGGUGCCAAAGGGCAGCUCGUUGUUGGAGGCUCUGGAACUUCUCUCUGGAAGAAAUGCUGGCUUUACGUUUGAGAAGGAAUUGAGCCUUUGGGGGCCAUUCCUCAGUGCAGUGAAUGGAGAGCAGGCCAGACAGAGUGAUCGCAGAUACUGGCACCUCUCAUCAGAUGGCACUGCCCUCAGUCAGGGUAUCGGUGACUACAAGAUUCAGACAGCUCAAAAGAUCACCCUCCAAAACACAAGCUACUGAGAGUUACAUAACUACUGCUAAUAGUACAAUCAUUGUUGAGGAUCAAAUGCAGUAUUUCAGCAUGACCUUUAGCUUUCUAUGCUUUGUAGUUUUAACCAGUAGUUUCAUCUGUAAUUGUCCAAAACACCAUUGCAAUAAUGUCACAAAUUUCAAACAGCACUGUUAAACUCCUAAUUUACAACCAAUUAAUGUGAAUGUUGUUACUUUAGUGUUUAAAUCUUCUUUUGUAUGAUGGGUGUUAAUUGAAUGCAAAUGUCUAUUCACGUUUAAGACUGAGUGUGUGAUUGUGCUUUUGCAAACUAAUUAAAAUUGUUCUGAUGAAUUUAA